AAAACAUCAGUACGGGAUGCGGCAUAUUCAAACAUGGUUGCAAGCUGCUGACGAGAAUCCACGAAGUAAAUGAACUCACCUUUGCUACUCUUGUUGUUCUUGCUUGGUUCAAAUUUACCAAUGCGAAGAAUUGUAUGAAGAAAUUAACAAGUUGAAAGUAGGGAAAAUAUCUCAUUAUUUGGUUAGUUACAUAUGUCAUCAAAGAAACCACCCAAAGCAUUGUACGUUCCACCAGCUUUAAGAGCAAACAAAAAUGCGAGCGAAGUCAAAAAAGAGUUAUCCUUUUUAGAAUCUCCAAUAUCAUAUGCUUCUGUGAAUGAACAAACUGAUGUAGAACAACAAUUAAAAUCACUUACACUUUCUGACAACUGUAUUGAUGAUGACGAAUGUGUAUUCAAAAAAAAACUUUUUAAUCAAAAGCUGUCACAUAAUGAUAGCAACAGUGAACCAGUCAUAAGGUUGAAAGAUUUCCAACAUAUUUUAGAGUUAUAUAACUUUUCAAAAGACUUUCAAAAUUUUCACUUGGAAGCGGAACUCACAGGAUUUGAGGAUAGUGGAUUUUACCUUAAAUGGGUCGAUGAUACUCAUUGUUUAGCUGUAUUUUCUUCAAAUGAUGAAGCAAAUCGUGCAUUGGCUCAAAUAUCAGGACUUUUCAUGAAGGCUCGUAAAAUUAAUGACGCUUCUUUGGCUAGCAAGUUGAAGAUUGCCCGUUCACCUGGUGACUGGACUAUGCCCUAUAAAAAACGACCAGUUACGACUAGCUCAACAGCUCGAAGAUUAAUUUCCAAUCAUUUGGGUAUUGUUCCUACUAAAAUCAAAUCUCCUGAGGAAACUAUGAAACAGGAACAAGAUAAAGCUCUUUUACGAGAAGCACGUGCUCGUGCGGAAGCUAUUCGUCAGGCACAGAAAUCUCUAUGGGAAGACGAAUAAUGUGACAAUUACAAUCAUGUUUUAGAAUUAUUCCUGUAAAAAAGAGUGAUUUUUUUGCCUUUGGAAUCCUUUUUAUUUAUAGUGAGAAAAAAUAUCUUUGCAUUUGACCAAAAAUUCAUAUCAUAAUCAUUAGUUAGUAUCAUGAGUAAUAUCUAAAUUAUAUUUUUUCCAACACUGACUUGUUAAUUUUUCAUCUUUCUACUCUGUCUAUCUGUUUACAUGCAAACACUUUAUGCCUUUUCGCUUGUGUAGUGUAAAUUGAAUAUAUCAUUAAUAAAUCAUGGAACUUUCUUCAUCAUGUGUAUCUAUUUGACAUGCUUCUUGUUACUUUUGCAAAUCAUCUAAUUCUAUUUUUAAUAUGUUUCUUUCUUGUUCUAUAUAUGCGUUUAUUGUAAUUUGUUAUUUUCUGGUGUUAAGUAUGCUUUUUUAUUUCACUAGGCUUCGGAUUGUAUUUUUUCGGUUUAUAUUGAUCUUAGAAACAUAAAAAAUAAGACAGGGC